AUGAAGCCGCCUAUUUCAAUGCAAACAUGUGAGUUUGAUUCAUCAGAUGAAGAGCCUAUUGAAGAUGAACAGGCUCCAAUUCCAAUAUCAUGGCUAUCCUUGUCACGAGUGAAUUGUUCUCAGUUUCUCGGUUUAUGUGCUCUUCCAGGUUGUAAAUUUAAAGAUAUUAGAAGAAAUAUUCAAAAAGAUACAGAAGAAUUAAAGAGCUGUGGUAUACAAGACAUAUUUGUUUUCUGCACAAGAGGGGAACUGUCAAAAUACCGAGUUCCAAACCUUUUGGACCUCUACCAGAAGUAUGGAAUUAUCACUCAUCAUCAUCCAAUCCCAGAUGGAGGGACUCCUGACAUAGCCAGAUGCUAUGAAAUACUGGAAGAGCUUGCAAUCUGCCUUAAAAAUAACCGGAAAACUGUAAUACAUUGUUAUGGAGGACUUGGGAGAUCUUGUCUUGUAGCCGCUUGCCUCCUCCUCUACCUGUCUGACACAGUCUCACCACAGCAAGCUAUUGACAGCCUGAGAGACCUGAGAGGAUCUGGGGCAAUACAGACUAUAAAGCAAUAUAAUUAUCUUCAUGAGUUCCGGGAAAAAUUAGCUGCACAUCUAUCAUCAAGAGAUACACUAUCAAGAUGUGUAUCUAGAUAA